AUGGCCCGUCUCAGUACUGCAUCUGCCUUCGGGCUCGUGAUCGCUCUUUUCUUCAGCCAGACUCAGGCUACUGGUACUGGUUGCAAUGCUGACAAUGUUCUGCGUGCUCUGCGCCGCUUUUCGUCGCAAGCAUCGCCUUUCUGUGCGACCUUCAUCCAGAGCACUGCAACGGUGACGGUGACGCCGACCUCUAUAGUACCCGGCACUGUGUAUGAGAGCAUCACCGUCCAGGGGCCAACCGAGACAUCCGUCAUCGAGUCUACUGAUGUCUCUACGGCCACAGAGACAACGGCAAGCACCUCGCUCACUAUCUUCCCAACUACGCUGAUAACAUCGACCACAUCGACCACGGCGAGCACCUUAACCGUUAUCUCUACCACAACGGUCAACUAUCAGAACAUCCCUAACCCGAUUCGACGAGAUGCUGAGAGCCCACUGCCCAGCUAUGUGUCCCAGUACCCUUCGAGCCGGGUCUCCAGCGCAUGCUCGUGCUUAGGCGGCCCUAUCUCGACGAUCACGUCCACGGCCACGGCUGCUCCGGCCUUCAGCACCAGUCUGAGCACCAUCACCGACGUGAGCUCGUCGGAGACCACGACUACCACUACGUCGAUCACAUCGGUGACCACUACAGAGACAGCCAGCACCCUCACGAUCACGACCAGCACCUCUAUUACAACUACCACUGCGCUUACUGCCGUGCCGACUGCCACGCAGACCCUCGUCUGCAACUACUGCGAUCCUGCUCAACAGGUCAUCGGUAACCCGUCUUUUGAGGAUGUCGCAAGCCCCGGCUCUACCGCCCCGGCUAUCUGGUCGACCUAUAACCAGGCUGGCACGACCAUCUCCGAUGUCAGCACAAAUAACGCUGUGAGCGGCAGCCGGGCCAUCCAGAUCUCCCGCAGGACACUCGUCAGCAACGAUCCCAGCUACCCACAUGUCAACUUAGCGCAGACUGUCAGGCUCUGCCAUGAUGCCACAUACACGUUGACCUACUUUAUCGGAGUGGAUACUACUGCUAUCACAGCCAAGACUGGCUAUGUCAACUCCGAGUAUGUUGUGACGCUGGGCGGUAAUGUCAUCGUCGCAAAGGCUGCCGUUUGUGCUGGCGACGCGUCUGACUGCACUUAUACCAAGGGCAAUAUCAGUUACCGUAAGGUCACUGUUAGCAACAUCACCCCUCCGAGCUGCAAUCCUGAGCUGCUCUUCAUGGUCUACUUUAAGAAGUCAACCAAGGUAGUUCCCAAUGUGUAUAUCGACCUUGUGGAAAUGGCUGUCUCCCAAUAG